UAUAGAAAGCUGUAAAUCCUUUUUUAUUUUAUUUAUUUCCGCUUUCAGUAAUUGGUGGUCCUGCAGAUGACUUUUCUUUUAGUAUUUUAUUCUUCUAGUGUGUUGCUAUUGGACUUUGUCUUGAAGCCACUCCACUUGAUCACAUGAAGCCUAAUCUUUUAUAUAGUAUCUUACUAUCUUUUUCUUUUUUGCAUCUCUAGAAGAUUUUGAUACCCCAUGUGGGAUGUUCCCAAUACUUGUUCUUGAAUUUUGUCUUAUCUAAUCAGCUGUUUUGGUUACUCCAAUCUUGGUACUUAAAAUUCAGUGCUAAAUCUCUUAUUAACUCCUUAUUGGCCCUCUUCUGACAGCUUUCUUUGUGGAAUUAUUGGUAUGGGGUGAGAUUGAUUUUGGUUUUUUGAGUAUUAGUACUUGUUUUCUUUACUUGGGUUUUGUCAAAAUAUGAUUUUUUUACUAAGUAUGAUGGAUUUCUUUGGAAUAUGAUGAGAAAUUGGACUGAAUUUUGAGCAAGAUUGGAUCUUUAUGAUAUUCUGAGAUUUGGGUUCAAGAGCUGAAGUGAAGAUAUUUGUUGGGGAUUGUUUGGAUUUGUCCAAUUUUGUGACAAUCUUGGUUUCUUGAGUAUAAGUACUGGUUGGCUUUAGUUGGGUUUUGGCAAAAUAUGAUUUUUCACUUAGUCUGAUGGUUUUCUUGGGAAUAUGAUGAAAAAUUGGACUGAAUUUUGACCAAGAUUGCAUUUUUAUGAUAUUCUGAGAUUUGGAUUCAAGAGCUGAAGUGAAGAUAUUUGGUUAGGGAUUGUUUGGUUUUGUCAAACUUUUUAGGAUCUGUGGGAACUGAAAUGGAGAGCAAUUAUAAGACUAUUGUGUGGUUUAGGAGGGAUUUGAGAAUUGAGGAUAAUCCAGCUUUAGCUGCUGCUGCUAGAAAUGGAAGUAUUUUACCAGUGUUUAUUUGGUGUCCUAAAGAAGAAGGGCAAUUUUAUCCGGGUAGAGUUUCAAGAUGGUGGCUGAAGCAAUCUCUUAUUCACUUGGAACAGUCUUUGAAAUCUCUUGGAGCUGAACUUUUGCUGAUAAAAGCUCAGAGUACACUGUCUGCUCUCUUGGAGUGCGUCGAUGCUGUUGGAGCAACAAAAGUUGUGUAUAAUCAUCUAUAUGAUCCUGUUUCACUUGUUCGUGACCACAAUAUCAAGCAAAAGCUGGGAGAACUUGGCAUAUCUGUUCAGAGCUACAAUGGGGACUUACUGAAUGAACCAUGGGAAGUCUACGAUGAUGAUGGACAAGUUUUUACAACAUUCAAUGCAUACUGGGAGAAGUCUUUGCUUAUGCAAAACGAUCCUGUUUCACACCUUCCUCCUUGGAGAUUAAUUCAAGCCGCAGGAUCAGUUAAAAUGUGUUCGAUUGAGGAACUGGGACUGGAAAAUGAGUCAGAAAAAGCUAGUAACGCAUUACUAUGGAAAGGAUGGGCGCCAGGUUGGAGCAAUGCAGACAAGGCCUUAACUGAAUUUGUAGAAACCAAUCUACUUGGAUACUCAAAGGAUAGGCUGAAAGUCGGGGGAAAUUCCACAUCUCUUUUAUCUCCUUAUCUUCACUUCGGAGAAGUAAGUAUAAGGAAAGUUUUCCACAGUGUGCGUUUGAAGCAGAUGCUUUGGACCAAAGAGGGGAACUCUGUUGGAGAUGAGAGUGCUAAUCUUUACCUUAGAGCUAUUGGGCUUCGAGAAUAUUCCCGCUAUAUCUGUUUUAAUUUCCCAUUUUCUCAUGAAAGAUCAUUACUGAAGAACCUGAAGUUUUUCCCUUGGAAUGCUGAUCAGGCCCAUUUUAAGGCUUGGCGACAGGGUCGAACUGGUUACCCAUUAGUAGAUGCAGGAAUGAGAGAGCUUUGGGCAACUGGAUGGGUUCAUAAUAAAAUAAGAGUGAUUGUGUCGAGUUUCUUUGUGAAGUUUUUACUUCUGCCAUGGCAAUGGGGGAUGAAGUACUUUUGGGACACGCUCUUGGACGCAGAUUUAGAAAGUGAUAUUAUUGGCUGGCAAUAUAUUUCUGGUAGCUUGCCAGAUGGUCAUGAACUUGAGCGCCUAGAUAACCCAGAGGUUCAAGGGUUCAACUACGAUCCUGAGGGUGAAUAUGUGAGGCAUUGGCUACCCGAGCUAGCAAGAAUGCCAGCUGAGUGGAUCCAUCAUCCUUGGGAUGCACCACUUACUGUGCUCAAGGCUGCUGGGGUGGAACUCGGAAUAAAUUACCCGAACCCCAUAAUUGACGUCGAUGUUGCGAGGGAUCGUCUAAUGCGAGCUAUAUUUAUCAUGCGAGAAAAAGAAGUAGCUGUGAAUGCCUCAGAUGAAAAUGGAACCGUUGAAGUUGUUUUUGAUAACUCUGAAAAUGUUGGAGAUUCGGCCAAUCCAAAGGACGUUGUAAAGGGAAAGUUGCCUUGCCCGAGCAGUUCAUCUUAUGAUCAGAGAGUUCCAUCAAUGGGAAAUGGGUGCACAAAUAAAAAGAGACCAAAGCCAGAAGAAGAAACAAAGAAGCUCAAAGAUAACGGGCUUAGCUGCAAGAACGGAGGGAAAAUGUCAAACGUGGAUGGUGACUUGUGCUCUACUGCAGAAUCCUCUUCUAUGAAAAAACAGAUGACAACCAGCAGAAAUUCGUUUUCUGUACCUCGAGCAAUUUCCAUAUCUUACGACAAAAAAUCCUUUGAGGAUGAAGCAUCGUCACAUGUGAAGCUGCAUAAGGAAGAAGAGAUUGACACGGAAAUCAAUUCACACAAAAAUGGAGCGAUAGCACGAUGAUUCCCUCGCCAUCUCCAAACGGCUGUCUCUUUUGAAAUUGUUCAAUAGGAGACAGAUAGUCCAAUCAGCAUAUGCAGUGGAAUAGCGAUUCUGUUGAACGUCUCUUGUUGUACAUAACUACCUCUUAAUCAUUAGCAAGGUUGUAGUUUGUUUGACGUAGUAAAUGGUAGAACUCAUCUGAAGCAGCUCAGAUUCAUGGUUGAAUCUCUACUUUGUUAAGUUACAUAUAUAGACGAUGCAUUUGUAAUCUUGAAUAUGAAUGUAUGUUGUAUUUCAUAGUAAUAAAAGCUGAAAGAGGUCCUCCAGUUUUGAGAAA